UGGUGGUGGGGGUAUCCUAUACAGAAGCUUUUAUUGUUUGAUGUCCGUUAAUUCUUAGUGUUUAUUGAUUCUUUUUCUACACAACAAAAGCAGGUACAAACACACUUAACCGGCAAAACUCAUUAGAGAUGAGUUCAGUAAAUAAAGAGAGCGAAAAAACGGAAGAUAAAUUAGAAAUAGCUCGUGAGGAAAAGGAGAAGAUAUUAAAUGAAGAGAAUAGGGCUCAGGAUAACAAAAUGAUGGAAUCAGAAAGUACUGAAGGCUCUAAAAUUAAAACUGAAUUUAAGGAUGGUAUGGAGGUUAAACCAAAAAAAAUACCUAUUGGAGGGAUUCAAAUGCCUGGAUUUUUUAUGAGGAGUCGAUCAAAAGAAAAGUGCAAGGAAGGUGAUUCAGAAACUCAAGAGGGUGAUGUAGAAGGUACCGAGUUGCUAACACAGAAUGACAAGGAAAAGGAAAUUCCUGAUGAUUCUUUAAUGAAUCAAUCUAAAGUUAAAUUACCCAUAAGAAAAAAGGCUGAUGAUGUUGAAAAAGCUAGUGAACAAGGUGAUAAGCAAAAGCUUUUUGACAGACUUUGCAAACCUUUAGUAUCAAUAUUUCCUAAAAACAAGAAAGAUUUAGAACGCAACUUGGAAAAUCAAGCAGCUGGGUUGGCUUCAGUAGAAACUUUGGAUGAUAAUGAUAAAACAGCUGAUAGAAAAGAUGAUGGAAAUGAUGCUAUUGAUGGUAUAAAGCAAAGUGAGUCAUGCAUAUCAAGUUGCGUUGGAAAAUUUAAAGCUUACCACUUAGUUAUUAGUGCCUUAGUGAUUUUCCUCAUCAUUGUGAGCGCAAUUGUCUUUUUCACCAUAGGAGACACUAUCACCCUUUCGCCUGUUAAUAUUGAAGGAAAUGCCGUCCAAGCAAUUACAACUUGUGGAAAAGUCGAAGGAAUUCACCAUGAUGACGCAGUAGCUUUUCGAGGAAUCCCCUAUGCUCGUCCACCCCUUAAUAAUCUCCGUUUCAAACCAGCCCAACCACUCAAUAAUAUCGAUUACUGCUGGAAUGACACAUUAAAAGUUCACAAUGCAACUCCACCUUGUUUACAAAUGUUAGACAAUGGCACCAUAAUCGGAAUUGAAGAUUGUUUAACAUUGGAUGUGGUCACGCCAUACGUUCGCUACCAUAAUCCUUUGCCGGUCAUCGUUUUGAUCGGAGCGGAAACUUUAACGGGUGCUUCUCCAGGAAAAAUGAGACCAUCCACCAGAUAUGCCCGUUCAAAAGAUGUGGUUUUUGUUCGGCCAAACUUUCGAUUAGGAGUUCUUGGAUUUUUAACUGCAAAAGGAUUGAGGGAAUAUCCGGGUAUUGGGGGAAAUUAUGCCUUGUCAGACAUUAUGGUCGCUUUGAAAUGGGUUCAAUUGAAUAUUGAACAUUUCGGAGGGAAUCCAAAAGCUGUUACAUUAUUGGGACAUAGAGCAGGUGCAAGUUUAGUAACAGCUUUAACAACAACAAGACAUGCUUCAAAAUUAUUCGCAAGAGCUUGGGCGACAUCACCAAGCGCAGUUUAUCCAACGAAAUCAUUAAUGGAUCAUGAAAAAGAAGAUGAGACUCUCGUUAAUAGGGUGAAUUGCGAUGAAUUUUCAGAUCAAGGUAAAUGUUUAAGAGAACAAGAUAGCUUGUAUUUGAUGAGUUUGAUAGAACGUUCUUGGAUACAACCCCAAACGGAUAUUCCGUUAACGGAUGAGAAACCAGAAACGCGUCACCAAUGGAUGGUUUUGGAUGGGAAAAUUUUAAAUGAGAAUCCGUACGAAGUUUGGAGUAGCGACGAAGGAAUUUCAGUUCAACUGGUGAUCGGAGUCACCGCGGAUUCUUUAGCGACCGACAAAUUGAUAAUGAAACAUGAGUGGAACGAAGAUUUGGUGGUGAAUCAUGUGAAGAACUCGAUAUUGGGCGAUUUAAACUUAGUCGAUGAUGUUUUUCAAAGAUACCCAAAAAAUUUUAAAGGUUUAAGUGGGAUUAUUUCCGAUAUACGCUCAGUUUGUCCUUUGUAUCAAUUAUAUGGGAACAUGAAGAAUACUUCGUUUUAUGUUGUUACGCAAACAAGGGGUGCGCAAAAUUUAUCAGACGUCAACUCGGAUAUCGACGCGAUUUUAGGUCGGUAUGAGCCGAAAACUCCAGAACAACGACGAUAUUUCUCAGCUAUUCAACAGUUGUUUUAUCACUAUGUGUGGCAUGGUGAAAUCGAUGAGAGAGCUUCGAAUAGUAUGUUAAUCGUUGAUCAGGAUGUUAGAGCAGAGGAUUCAUAUAAGAAUUGUGAUUUUUGGAUUCAAAAUAAUAUGACGAAAUACGCACAGUCGGAUUAAAAAUGGGCAAAGAUGGGAAAUUUGACUUAAAAAACGUAUUUAUUAUUAACAAAUGUACUCCAAAUGAGAUUUUUGUUCCUUUAAUACUCACUAUUUUUGGUUUGAAAAAUUGUUUUAAAUACUCGGUGUUUUAUAAAAAAUACGCCUGAAGUGCCCUGAGUAAAUUGUUAUGUUGGCGAAGGGAAUCAAAUUACUGAUAUUUAAUAAGGAUUUUUUAGUAUUUAAAUAUAUUCUCAUUGAGUUCAUGUCCAAACUUUUUUACUCAUAAUGUUCUAAGUAGGUAUCUGUAAAUGGUUAUUAUUCACUUUUUACCUUAUUAAAUUAAACCACGAACUAAAUAAACAUUUUUAUUUUACUCAAUACAUGAUACUUUUAUCUAUUUAUAAAAAUAAAUAACAUAAUAAUUGUAGGAUAAUUGUAUAACUUCUUUAUAAUAUGAUGAUAUUAUUUAGUACUGGAUUUAUUUUUCUAUAUCUUAAAAUAAAAUCAGUUUAGCAUGGUAAUAUUCAAAAUGAUUGUAGUUAAUGAUUUUCAAAUUUCGAACGGUAGUAAAAUUUUAUAUCUUGCGAAAGUAUUAUAAAAAUUAAAGACAUUCAAAAUGAGAAGACUGCAUUUGAAUCUUGCCAAAAUUUUUUAAACGUCUAUGUAAAUAUUUAACAAUUUUUAAAUACUCUCUGAUAAUGAUCUCUUUAUUUUUUUUGUAAAUUUUUACUCUCGAAAAAAAUGUACUUAGUACUUUGUAUUUUUUGUCCUAAUUUAAUCUCAUUUUUUUAGUUGAUAGAUAAUUAGAUUGUAAGAUCAUAUUUGUGAUAUCCCUAAGUAGCUUUUAUAUGUAUAUCAAAUGUAUCCAAGGCUGCGGAUGUGGUGUAUUCACCUCAAAAAAGAGAUUAUGUAAGAAUAAUAUUAUUUCUAUGAUUUUUUUAUACGUAACACAACCCCCGUAAUUAAAAUAAUGGUAAAAGAACGGCGCUAGUAUGUAAACAACGACACAACUUUUUUAAUAAAGAUAGCUUUUAUCGUAA